AUGCUUUCGUCUCUUAUUUUCUCACAUUUGACCUCUUCUUUUUAUGCAGUAGCUCAGCAAACCGAGGCUUUGACGGCUACAGAAAAGUUGCGCCAAUCUUUCUCGAGUGAGCAUGAGGCCAAAACCUCCCGUCUCAUUUUUACUAUUCCAAGUUUAAUUUUCCAUCUAAAACUUCUGCUGCCUCUUGUUCCCAGCUAUUUCGUUCAUUCUUUUAUACCACACCGCCUAAAUCGUCUUUCCAUCACUCUCUCUUCAACUGCAUGCCUCCUCUGGAUUGACCGAUCUCAGCUCUCCUUGGCCGAGACUAAUCGCCGCCUUGCAGAAGUUCAGAUGGAAUUAUCAAGGCUCCAUGGCAGCCGUCGCCUCUUUGAAGAAUCUGUACAGAAAACGACUAAUCAGGAACUAUCUGAGGUAGGCGCUAGACUCUUGAAUCCUCUAAAGAGAAUUUUGUGUCGAAUCCUUUAG